AUGUUUAAAAGAGCAUUAUACACCCAAUUGAGAUCGCUGAGUAGAUUGAUAACUGCUUCAUUAUUAAGACCAGUACCAAGAGCUGUUCUGUGUAAUGUUAUAACUAUUAAAAGAUUUCAAUCAAUUGGUAGAAUUAAUCCUAAUGAAGGUGAGCUCAUGAUUCAAUUUACUUGUAAUAUCUGUGAUAAGAGAUCUAGUCAUACUAUGUCAAAACAAGCUUAUCAAUAUGGUACCGUUUUGGUUCAAUGUCCAUCAUGUAAAUCUAGACAUUUAAUUGCUGAUAAUUUAGGAUUUAUAGAUAGAGAGAAGUUUAAUUUACAAGAUUACUUGAAAGAGAAAGGAGAAUCAAUUGAAACUAAUCCAAAUUCAACUGUUUUAGAAUUUAAAAGUAUUCCUGAUAAUUUAAAACAAACUGUUGAAGACAUGAGAAAGGGUACACCAACUGAGGAAAUGAAAUUACCACCACCUAAAGAUAAAAAUAAGUAA